AAAAAAAAGGAAGUCUAGCUAUAUGACACAUUCCCACUAGUGCAUGUUAUAGAGAUACUUUUAUGCUUUCUAUAGAGAUACUUUUAUGCUUUCUAUAUCUAGAUAGUAUAUCAGAUAAAUAGAUAACGUGUACAGUAAAUAGACUCUUUGUGUACCGUAAAUAGUCUUAACGUGUAAAUAGCAGCUAACGUGUAUAGUAAAACCAGCCGCAAUUAAGCGCUGGCUUCAAUGCUUGGUUGUAACCCUUUUCUAUAUAAAUGAAGGAAAACAGUAGAAAGAGGUAUUCAGACCAAUAUUGACAUGGUAUCAGAGCCACUUUGAUUUCCGUAGCGUUGGUCUUAAUCACAGGGUGCGAUUUUCUUUCGCUAUUCUUGGGAGAAUGUUUUAUUCUCUGAUUCAGCAAGUUCUUUCUUGCUCUUAGUGGGUCUCGGCGACUUCUGUGGAGUCAAACCUUGUGGUUUGAGUUUUUGGUGGCUGUUGGACUCUGUCCUUCGUGGUGGCUGUGCCUCUUUGUGGCUGUCGACGUUCGCUGGGAGUUACGAGUGCUGCUUCUGUGCCAGUCGGCACUUUCUGUGGUGGUUGACAGCAUCUGUGGGUGGCUGUGAGGUGGUCGGAGUGCUGCUUCUGCGCCAGUCGGCACUUUCUGUGGUGGUUGACAGCAUCUGUGGGUGGCUUUGAGACUGUCGGCAGGUUCUGUGUGGCGGUCCGAAAUUUUCUGGGUGACUGUGUUGCAGUCGGCUCUCUCUGGGAGUUGGGUAAUUUUCUGGUCGGGUCUCUCUCUGCUGGUUUCCGAAAAUUUCUGGGCAGGUGUCGAAGUAUUUCUCCUUCGUCCGUAAGGUAUUUCUCUCCAACAACUGAUUUUGGGCCCUUGUUUCGUGCAGUGCCUAUUAUUCUUGUGCCUCUGGGUCCUUUAUUUUUAGUCUGGGCAUUUUAGUUUGGGCUCCUCCUUGUUACCGUGACUUCGAGUUUGGUUUAUUGUGAUUCUAAUCUUACCACUUAUUUGAUUGACUACUUAAGCAUAUUUCUCCAAGUGCUUUUCAUCAUGUCUAUUGAAAAUACUAUUGUUCGCUUUACUGGAAAGAAUUUUCCUACGUGGGAAUUUCAGUUUAAGAUGUUUUUAAAAGGAAAAGAAUUAUCAAAUCAUAUUGAUAAUUCUACUGAAGUUCCCACUAAUGAAAAAGAAUUUGCUCAAUGGGAGGUCAAGGAUGCCAAGGUAAUUUCUUGGUUAUUAGGGACGAUUGAGUCUCACCUUGUGACCAAUCUUCGUUGUUUUACUACGGCUCAAGCUAUGUGGGAUUAUCUUCACCGUAUUUACCAUCAAGAUCAUAGUGCUCGGAAGUUCCAAUUAGAAUUAGAAAUUAGUACUUAUAGUCAAGGCAAUUUACCUAUCGCACAAUUUUAUUCUGGUUUUAUUAACCUUUGGUGCGAGUAUUCUGCCAUUGUUCAUGCUAAGGUUCCCACUACGGCACUCGCGGCUCUUCAAGCAGUUCAUGCUGAGAGUCAACGCGAUCAGUUUUUAAUGAAGCUUCGACCCGAAUUUGAGACCGUUCGAGCUGGUUUGUUGAACCGUAAUCCGGUUCCUUCUUUGGAUAUUUGUUUGGGAUAUUUGUUGCGGGAAGAACAACGAUUAUCCACUCAGAUGGGUAUGACUUCUGAGAAGGUCUUUUCUGAGACUAUGAAUGUAGCUUAUGCAGCACAAGGGAGAGGAAAGAACAAGUUGCAAUGUUUCAGUUGCAAGGAAUUUGGUCAUAUCGCUCGCAACUGUCCUAAGAAAGUUUGCAACUACUGCAAGAAAGAGGGUCAUCUCAUCAAAGAUUGUCGAGUACGGCCUCAGAAUCGCCAAUCUCAAGCUUUUCAGGCGGCUGUACAGUCUUCUUCUUCAUCUUCUGCGCCACCUACUGUAAGCUCUGAUUCAUCUGUUCUCACACCAGCAAUGGUCCAACAGAUGAUUGUGUCUGCUUUUACGGCCUUAGGCCUGCAAGGAUCAGGUGUCGGGGACGGUGAUCGCGAAGGGGCCUAAAGUAGGACGUUUAUUUCCCUUACAGUUUUCUAUUCCUAAUGUUG